GUCUACCACUUGUACUACUUUGCCUGGAAUGAGCGCCAGUCCUACCCGACCUAGCUCUAAGCGCAUCAAACUCGAGUCGUCUUCGACAUCUCCGCCAUUGUCAGACAACCCUUUAACUUUGAAUGAUGAAGACCUAGGUCAUGAUCACUGCGUCAUUUGUCUGCAAUCCCUGAUUGACCGAACUGUUAUUCCAACUUGUUCCCAUGAGUUCUGCUUUGAAUGCAUUUCGAUUUGGGCAGAGCAAUCGCAAAAGUGUCCAUUGUGCUCCCAAUUGAUUGGUGAAUAUGUUAUACAUCAUAUACGUUCGCAGUUCGACUAUCAGAAACAUUAUUUGCCCCCACCACGCUCCUCGUCACCACAGUUAUUACCAACAGGGGAAUCCCGUGUACGAGUUGUCCGACAGGCACGUAGGAAUCGCUACUGGGGCCGCAGGGAUCGUGAUGAUGCUGAUGAACUUGAACGGGCAAUCGCCAGAAGACGUUGGGUGUACCAAAAUCAUCUUUAUGCAAAGCAUGUCGCGUCUAACUCAUUCACCCGGUACCGUCCCUACCCUAGUCCAGCCCAGUUUGCAGCAAGUCCAGACAUGAUAAGUCGAGCCACCAUCUUUCUCCGCCGUGAAUUGCGCGUCUGGCAGAAUCUUGAUGUUGAGUUCCUCACGACGUUUAUCAUUUCUCUCAUGAAAUCAAUAGACAUACGAGCUGAAUCUGCUGUCAAACUUCUCUCCGAAUUCCUAGACCUUGAUACUCCAUACGUCGAGGGCCAAAGGCACCCAAACGCCGAACAUUUUGCACAUGAAAUAUACUGUUUUAUACGGAGUGGCCGUGAUCUAUCGAUUUAUGACAAAUUGGUGCAGUAUGAUACCUCCCCAGUUUCUCCGCCUCACGAGCAGGAAAGAGAGAGUCGGUGGUGUCGUGAUUACCGUUCUCGAUCCCGGUCGUCUCAUCACCGGUCCCAAUCUCGAUCUCCGUUAUCUCGACCUCCUUCCCCAACUCUACGUCCUGAGCACAGAAGGAUUCCUCCCGCAACCUACCUUCAAGAAAGAUCUAUAGACCAUAUCUCCCAAGAUCGCAGAAACCACCGACGAACUCUCAGCGCAGUCAGCAAAUGUCGAGAUAUACCUGAUACCUUGAAUGACCAACAGGAUCACCUUGACGACACUCGGGAGCAGCUGAUUAACAAUUCCACGAAGGCAAAAGGAAAAGAACCAGAAGGUCAUGACACACCUCUUUUUGGCGAGUGUAAACAUCCCUCGAGUGACACGCCACCAAGCAUUUCAGGUGAAUUUAUGCCAAACGCUGUUGUCGAAUCCAAAGAAACAGCGGAAUCAUAUACCCCCGGAAAUCGGAAGUUCAAUACAUCUUCUGUAGAGUCCGGUGUUAGACCUUCCCUUGUCGCCCCCGGGCUGGCUCAUGUUCCAGUGGAUGCUGCUGAUAGGAUGGACGUCAAUUCAGGGCCUGUAGCUCCUACAUCGCAUAAACGCCCAGGAACGCUUAGUCGUCCCCCUCGAAACCGUACUUUACUAGCAUCAGUCCAGGCUCAUCUCUCCCAACCCACAUCAUCAAGAAACAGGCAUCACGCAGGCAUAACCGUACGCAAAAAUGAUGUUGCUCCUCAACAUUUACCUCAUCCAUCACAAUACCGAGAUGCCCGUGAUGAUAAUAGUAGUGGUAAUAGUACACCUGUCCUUCUUUCGCAGUUGUCAAGCCUUCCUGCCAAUGCGCCGCCUGCUUCUCAUUCUUCUCUCGGGGAAGAACGUACGUCGGCGGUAGGGCAUCAACGCGAAAGAACUCGGAGCUUGCUUGCCGAUUCUAUCGCUAAAUGCACCGAUGAAAAGAACAUGUUAGCUGGAGAGGAAACUGUCGUUUGUCCGUGCGGUACGCCGGGCGGAGUCACAGAUAAAUACAGAAACAAAAGCACGGAAGAACAGCAAACCGAUACAUCGCUGUGCCCCGUCAUCAGCUCUGGAACCGUCAGCGUGCAUCCCGCCCCUUCAUCGGGACUACCCCCGGACCCAAACUAUAUUUCAGUGCCGCACAACUCUAAUCAUGUCGAUAUCCUUUUGGACGUGGCGGAGAAUAUCCAUCGUGGCAAUCGGGAAGUUGCGAUAUAUGAAUAUCGGAGCAGAAUAGGUGCAUCACCAGCACGCACUUCCACAGAUAUGCGGGCAGUGCUGUUGCAGAGACUUGGACAGGAGCAACGGUUGGCUCAGAGAGACGUUACGACCCCGAUCUUACACCCUGCGUCGCUAACUGUAGAUCCCCUGUUGACGCGUCCUCCCAGUAGUGAGGAAGCUUCUGCGCUGGAGACGAGGCUGCGAACCCGGGCCUUAUUGCGCGUCCGUCUUGCGGCGAUCAAAAGCAGCUCCAAUAGUACUCCGAUUGGAUUGUAAUUCAUUUAUUCUGCCUGGAUCGGGAGAGGGCGGCGGGAGCAUUAGUUGUAAGACCGUGGGGUACGUCCUCACCCGGCCACCCGGCCAAGUGGAUGAUUCUAUUGAUGUUGGACCCGAUAUGAUUGCGCAAUCUUUUUUUUUUCCGCCACAUAUGUGUGGGGGAUGGAUCGCAUUUCGCGGGACACGGGGCCGCACGUAACGGAAUUCCCCGUUCGUCGCCGUGUUUGACUUUUGCUGGAAGUAACGGUACCUUAGAGAGCCCC